AUGGAGAAGGAUCUGCCCGUGUUCGGCACCGGCUCCCCGUCGGGGAAGAAGAGGAGGAGCGCCGGUGGCGACGACGAGGACGCCGUCGUCGCCGAGGAGAUCAACCUUGAACUGUCCCUCGGCCGCGCCAUCUUCGGCGGCGCUGCCGCAACGUCCAAUCCAAAGGUGGAAGGCGAGUCCCACUUCACCAUCGCGCAGACGACCGUGAACAUCGUAGCCAGUGCACCGGGUCCUGCGGUCGGCGCGGCCCUCUUCGCCGCCGGGGCACAGAUCGCGUCUUCGCUGCUGGAUGGUGGCAACGGCGCAGCUUCUGCGGGCAUUCACGUUGAGCCGCCCGCCGCCCUGAGCCUCUUGAUGCGGCGCUUGCCGGUUUCUGCGGCGGGUGCGGGCUUCAUCGCCACGGGAACUUCGCCGGCGCCACCGCCGCGCGCUUCACCGACGGCAUUCCCCGCGCACCGUCCAGUCCGGCGGCGCGUCGGCAAUGCCGCUCCAACCCAGCCGGCCACCGUUGCCGGCAGCGACCCGCCGGCGCCGCCUACCAACGGCAUCGCUCCGUCGCUCGCGAGCCCGCCGUUCCCGUGGGCGACUAACCGCGUGGCGAUCCACCACCCCAUCUCCCACCUCUCCGCUCUCGGGAUCACAACCGUCGACGGCGAGGUGCACUGCAUCCGCUGCAACGCGCGGAAGACCAUCUCCUACGACAUCGCUUCCAAGUUCCAGGAGGUCCGCGACUUCGUGUCCCGCAACGUCCACGACAUGGACGACCGCGCGCCGGAGGCAUGGUUGAACCAGACAAGUCUCAUGCGGGACUGCGAUGGGUGUGGGCAGACGAGGAGUGUCCGGCCGGUGAUACCGGCGGAGAAAGAGCGAAUCAACUGGGUGUUUCUGCUGCUGGGGCAGAAGCUCGGGCUUUGCACGCUGGAACAGCUCAAGUACUUCUGCGCCCAGACCAGGCGGCACCGCACCGGCGCCAAGGACAGGGUGCUCUACUCAACCUACAUGGAGCUCUGCAACCAGCUCUGCCCGGACAGGCUCUUCAACCUCACCGCCGAGAGGCAGAACAGGGGCCAGCAGUAUUGCUAGCUACAAAUAA